UAACCCCUCUCUCUCUCUCUCUCAACUGUACAAUCUUUUUUCAGAUAUCUUUGUUCUUGUUUUUGUUCGUUGAAUCUUGAUUAGUACACAGAUGGGUAGCGGAGAAAAACAUCAUCAUCUGAAUUUCCAUAUUCACAUGCCUCACAUUAACUUUCAUCAUAAUCAUCAUGGGAAGAAAGAAUUGAAAGAUAUACCAAAAGGGUGUUUUGCAGUUAUGGUAGGUCAAGGAGAAGAGCAACAUAGGUUUGUUAUCCCUGUCAGUUAUAUCAACCAUCCCCUGUUCUUGCAGUUAUUGAAUGAAGCAGCGGAAAAAUACGGAUUUGAUCAUAAAGGUCCAAUUAAUAUUCCUUGUCAUGUUGAAGAAUUUCGUCAUAUUCAGGGCUUGAUUGGUAAAGAAACUGCACAUCAUCAUCAUCAUCACCACCAUAAUCACUGGUGUUUUAAGGCCUGAUAAUAGUAGUAGUACUUUUUGACUCGGAAUUUUCAGUGCUCAAGUAAUGUAAAUUUCUAGUAUUGCCUCGAGU